UCAGUCAGCGAUCCCUGCUGCCUUGGCUCAAGCGACUGGUUACUUCUCUCAGUCCACGUCCGGCUAGUCAAUCCCUCCCGCGGCCAGAACGGCACAGUCCGGCUUGGCCUGCUUUUGUCUGAGGCGACGGCUUCGAAUCCAAUGGCGGCCACGGAGCAAAAUGGCAUCGACAUUCUUUGCGAUGCCGCCGGCUCAGACAUGCUCCUGUCGUCCCUGUUCUCCCUCGCAGCGCCUGUGUCCGUAGCCGAUUCGAAUCAACGGGCCCAGCCACCCUUGCAGCAGGAACAGCAUGAGUUGCAGCAUUCACUGCCUCCCGCGUCGCCCUCGAAGCAUCAAAUCUUUCAGCGGCAGCUAGAUCCCGCACUGCAACAACACCAAGGGGAAACGCCCCAGAGAAUUGCCUCUACGUUGCCUACCAAGAGAAAACUUUCUGAUGCAUCUGCCUCAUCGCCAUCUCACGUCUGCCAUAUUUGCCGUCGCGUCUACGAGCGAGCCGACCACCUGACCAGACACCUCAGGUCGCACGAGAAUGCCCGACCGUACCAAUGCACCCGAUGUCCUAAGCGUUUUAAUCGCGCUGACCUCCUGACACGGCAUGAGACCACCCACGAUCGAGAUGGGGCCGCAAAAGACCGCCCGUUUAUCAGAAGAAGCGACCGCGCCGCCGAGGCAUGUCUCAAUUGCGCUGCUUCCAAGGCAAAAUGCGAAGAUCAGAAGCCGUGCAGCCGCUGCCGUAGUAAGAGUUUGACAUGCCAGAUGCCAGUGAGACGCGGGAACCAAUACCGCACGUCUGAGUCGCAGGCUGGUAUGUCACCCUCUGACAGUUCAAUGGUUGCCUCAACUACAGGAAAUGACACUCAGGUCUUUACGGCCGGUGAAGCUACCUAUGCGUUGCCCCAGUCGGUUAUUGCUCAUCAAGGUCAUGUCGUUGAUGCUGCCGUCGAUUACAGUGUCCCCUCCUUUCUCGGCGCGCCCAGACUNNCCGGACGAAAUCCUCAGUCUGGCGAUGCAGGAAAACGUACAUCACGCCAAGGCCGUAAAGGUAUUGUCUCGGCGGAAGCACCCAUUCAGCGUUCAGUAUGGUUGUAUGAGCCCGAGGCCAAUGGUCAGGCAGGGAGCUCAGUGUCUCGCUCCGAUAUCGUUUCACCCUACUUACGCGACAGCAUGUUCGCCAUGGUUCUCGCCAACAAUCCGAUACCGCAUCGAGUACCAACAUUUCCAUCAGCUGAGUUAUUGGGCUAUAUGAUCGAGACGUACUUCAAGAGCGAAGACCCCAAGAGUGAGGCUUUUAUUCACAGAUCGUCAUUCGAUCCCUCGGCAACUAGCCAAGAGCUUUUCUCUGCUGUAGUAUCAAGUGGGGCUUCAUGUAUAUCUACCCCAGCUAUAUGGCAGUUCGGCCUGGCUCUUGACGAGAUUACGGCAAGUGCCAUUGGGAAACGACUUGAAUCUUCAUGCCUGGCUGUGCGAGAUAUCACACUUCUUCAAGCGUCUGUCCUCCACAUUGAAACUGGUCAAUGGAGUGGCUUCAAUCGUCAGACCGAGAUGGCAGAAAGCUUUGCGCCUCAGCUUUUGACUCUGCUCCGAAAAGCAGGGAAGUUGAGCUUCACGUCAGACUUGACUACACAUACGCCCAAUACCGGCGACUCUCCUGAGACACUUGAGUCGAAAUGGCAAACAUUCACGACAAUCGAAUCUUACAAAAGGUUGGCCAUCCGUGCAUUUCUCCACGAUACACAAACAUCGAUCGUGUCGUGGAAAGGACCCACGUUAGCAUACAGCCAGCUCGACUUUGCACUUCCGGCGGCCCGUGAUCUCUGGAAAGCUAGUAAUUCACAGAUAUGGUGGGACUUGAAUUUGGCCAAGGGGUCUUUCCCUCCUACCGAUUUCCCUCGCCUUUCCGAUGUGAGAGAUUGUCAGUUUGUCAUGACUGAACAGAACACGUGGGUGGACACAGAAUCUUGCUGCAAGGCUGCUCUGCAUGGACUGUGGGGACAAAUCUGGACGUACCGUAACGCCAUCGCUCAAUAUCAUCACGCAGCUCCGGAUCGGCCGGGGUCUGAUGUUCCUGAAUGGGCCCGCUCCCUUUACCAAGAGCUCUAUGAGGGCCUUGGUAAGCUGUCAACUCAGCUCGGAUCUGCACAGACCCCAAGACCUGAGCUAUCGCUUCUUUCAGACUUUUUCAUGAUGAUCAUACAUGUCUCGUUGGACGAUAUACAGCGGCUAGCGGGCAGGAUGGGCGACGAGGAAUUCCGCAGAGCAAUGCAGUUAUUAGAGAGCACGUGGCUACCUGGACCAGAGUCCCGGUAUGCUGCCUGGCAUGCUGGACAGGUCCUCCGACAUGCACAGGAGUGUAUGCCAACAACCCUGCGAGGAUUCAACGCUAUGGUUGUUUACUUUGCUAGUCUGACGCUGUGGGCGUAUGGCCUGCUUUCGCAGAGAACAACGAACGGCGAUCAAGUGAUGGGACAAGAAGUCUUAUCACUUAAUGAACCAGAGACGAGGGAGACGACAAUGUUCCUUGAGCUUGGUCAGGGUACCCCAUCACUUUCGUCUCCAGAAGGGUUGCGUCUUCAGUUAGAGCCUGUGUCGAAUUAUGUGGCGGUUUUGUCGCUCGCGAGGCUCAUCUUUCGACAAAAUUACCCUGUAGCAAGCGAGGCAAUGCCUCCGCUUGUUGAAAGCUUGUGUCGACACCUUGGUGAUCUCCAAGGUGGAUUGGAGGGGUACUUGGUAACGAAAACGUUAUAG